CCCACAAAGCCUCCUCCCCCCAAAACCGAACAGCCCAACCGCAUAAAACCGAUGCACCUCAUUCCCCUCAACCCUCCCGAAUAUCACGCCGAUAGUGAGACCUCUCCCCCUCUCUCUCACGACUCCACAGAUCGGCCAGAAUUCAAAGCAGCUGCCUUCCGUCGGUGCACAAUCUCCCUCCGGUCAUAACCAAGAAUGCCGUAUUUUCCACCUUCCAACGUUUUUAUUUUCGGUGAAGAUCCUAUAAUGGAAGUGAUAUCAAUUGUGAAGCUGCAAGUUCAUGAGGCAGGACUAAAAUCAGCUCCAAGCAGGAAAACUGAAGAUUUCCAAUUGAUUGCCCUGGCCACCAUGGUUGGAGGAAUUAAAGCCAUCAUGUGCAAGAGCCAACAUGUUCUCGAUAUACUCUUGUUGCUCAGUCCUUUAGUCCUUUAUGGCCCAACUGGUACUGCUUUGAUCAAUCUCCUGAAUCAUAGAACACAUUCCAACAAUUUUGAAAGAACUAUAUCUAAUCUUUUGCUAUUGCAGAUUUUUGUGGCAAUGGAUGUGAGGAAUCUUUGAUUUUAUAGCUGAGCAAUACCAUGCUACUUGCAAAGAUUGAGAUACACUCAAUCUCAUUUACUGUGCUCACCACCCAAUUCAGCCAAUAGAAACAAAGCAUCAAAAAAUUGGAACAGUGCACCUCCUUUUUUAACCAAUAGGAACACACUCAAUAAUUUGAUCCUGUGCACCACCUCCUUUUUGCACCAAUAGGAAUACAUCCAUUUGAGCUAUGUGAAAUUAUUGUCAUGAUGAAUAGUGUCACCUCCUUUUUAACCAAUAGGAAAAGCCAAUCAUUGUCAUUUCUUCUUUGUGAACAGUGCUCUACUUUUUGUAAGCCAAUUGGAACUUUAAUGCGCACCAUCCCACCUUUUUCUAGACCAAUAGCAAUACAACAUCCUUGAUUUGAUCCUAUUCACUAAAUCUUGAAUUUGUGAAAAGCAAAUACUACGUAUAAAUUUCUUGAGUGAACUCAUCUUUACAGAACAUUUAUUUUACAGUUAUUUUUGAUGAAAAAUUACAAUAAAACCUGAUGUUGACACAAAUGGGAGGGAACACUAUUCACAAAAAACUGCUCCUUUAGAUAUUAAUAGAUAUCUAUGAUACUUUAAUAUUAUAUUUUAUAUUUUGUUUUAAAACUUUCAGCUUAUGAAUUUCUAAUAUAAGUUUUACGCUAUGUUCAAAAUGAGUAUAUUGUUAUAAUGAAUAUGAGUGUUCAUAUUCAUAUUCAUAUUGAGUGUUCAUAAUGAAUAUAUGAGCACAUUAGAAAAAUCAUAUGAGCAUACACAAUAGAAAAUUUGAGCAUAUUAAAAAAUUCAAAUGAAGUACACAAUACAAAUUUGAUCGUACUGUAGAUUUUAAAUAAACUUUUUGUAUUUUUUUCGUUGCUCAUUUCGUAAGUUAUGUAUGCUUAUUUGGUACUAUGAGCAGAGAUCACGAUACUUAAUUGAAUUGUUUUAAUACUCAAUAGAGAAGUUCCAGUGUUCAAAGAAAAUAUCUUCAUGUUCAACUAACAAAACUUACGAUUUUCAUAUACAUGCUCAUUUUAUAACUUAUAUAUGCUCAUUUGGUAAUGAUGUUAUGCUCAUUUAAAAAUGUCAGAUCAAUUCAUAUUUCAAAAGUAUCAUACUACAUUAGAUUCACAUUUUAUGCUCAUUUAAUAUUAAAAUGUCAUAUACAUGCAUAUUUCAAAAGUAUAAUAUUAGAUUAGAUUCACAUAUUGGACUCAUUUUGUAAGUUACGCGUGCUCAUUUGAUAUCGAUUUUUGUACUCAUUUUAAAAUGUUAUAUGAUGCACAUUUCAGAAGUAUCAUACUAUAUUAGAUUCACGUAAAACUUGAUUUAGAUACGGGAGCACAUACAAUGAUACUCAGUUGCAUGUUUAUAAUACUCAAUAGUGAAAGUUUGAUGAUCAAUGAAAAUGUUUUGAUGUUCAACUAAAAAUACUCGUGAUUUUCAUAUCAAUGCUCAUUUUGUAGGUUACAUUUGUUCAAUUGAUACUCAUUUUAUGCUCAUUUUCAAAAUAUCAUAUUAGUGCAUAUUUCAAAAGUAUCAUGCUACAUUAAAUUUGCAUAUUGAAGUUCAUAGUAGUUGAUUACACAUAUAAUUUUAUAAGUUUUUAAAAAAGAAAAUUUAAGAAAAAGAAAGUGAAUUACAAUAUAUGAAGUUGAUAUCACAAUACUCAUUAUUUGACUCUUAAUGCUCAGUAGAAUACUUCCGAUGUUCAUUAAAAGUGUAUUAAUGCUCAUAUAACGAAAACCGCGAUUUUCACUGAAAUUAUGAAAAUACCAUCGUUUUAUAGUUGUGAUAUCAGCUUUCUUGUAAUAACACGAUGCUCAUUAUUAGAGCCUUAAUACUCAUUAAAAUUGGAAUAUUGCUCAUUAAAAGUACACAAAUACUCAUUUAGCUGAAGCCACGAUUUUUUGCUUAAAUUACAAAAACGCCACCGAAAAUAAAAUGACAUAUAUAAGCUAAUGGGCUGUCUUCUUCAAUUGGGCUGGAUGUACCUACAUCCGGUUGUAGGAUAUAGGCACUCAUCCUCAACUUCUAAAAACUGAUUCUAGGAACAAAUUUGAGUACCAGAAUCACUUUUGCACUCUCAUCCAAACACUACAGCUUCUGCUCCCUGAAAGAGCAGAAACAGUUUAAAGAAUCAGAUCCAAACACCCCUCAAAUCAGUUUAGACUAGAUUAGAUUCAAAAGGUUUGGACCGGGUCAGGGAUAACUAAAACAAAAGAAAGCAAUGUUAAACCACAGCGAAAUGGGAAAAUUUUCGAAAUAAAAACAUAAACGUUUCAGAACUCCAAAAUUAGAUUGUCAUAUUUAUAUUCUGUGUAUAAAUAGAAGUAAUUACUGUCAAACUUGGAAAUUACAUGACAGUAAUUACUGAUAUUUAGAUAAUAGAAACAUAACAGUAUUUUAGAAUACACAAAUGUUUUACUUCAUACGGAGUAUAUACCAAACAAGGAUAGGUUUAAAUAAUACGCUUAAUAUAUCUUAUGAGCUUAGUAAACAACUUAAUCGGGGAGUUUGAUCUUUUACUUUAGGGAAAAGGGGCAAAUAAGCCCCCGAACUAACUUAAAAAGUGCAAAUCAUCCCUUAUCUAGGAGUUUCUGUCCGGCGGUCACCAUUUGGGGAGGUUCCCGGUGAAAUUUUUUGAUGACAUUUUUGAGCAUCUUUUUCAUUACGUCUAGUUUACUCAUACCAAAUUUCAGCUAAACAUUCAAUCGGGAAGGCAUUUAAAUAAAUUUUUGAAGAUAACUGCGCAGUUAAAUAGCGCAGUAUAUUUCAGAAAAUCAUUUGACUUUCUUCCCUAUUGAAUUUUUAGCUGAAAUUUGGUAUGGGUAAACUAGACUUAAUGAAGAAGAUGCUCAAAAAAUUUCAUCAAAAAAUUCCACCGGGAACCACUCCAAAUGGUGACCGCCGGACAAAGCCUCCUAUAUAAGGGGUGAUUUGCACUUUUUAAGUUAGUUCGAGGGCUUAUUUGCCCCUUUUCCCUUUACUUUAUCAAUUUAUCAAUAUUGAAACCUAGACGGGUUGUCAAUUUUAGAGUGCUCUAAAUUCACUUCAUCUUAGAGUGCAUACUACUUUUCAUAUAUACCUUUUAAUUUCAUUAAUAAGGUUGUCGUCUUUAUCCUUCCACUUUGAUGGUAGAGCUCGUAGCGAUUCAAAGUUUCUUCCUUCUUGAAAAUUGAACUUCUCAUAGAAUUUCUUUGCAUAUUUUCACUUUUAGGAAUUGCGUAUUUUCAUAAUUUCAUUGAAACAAGAUAUUCCUUAUUUCAUUUGUUUAAUUUGAAAAUCAGAGAAGAAAAUAAACACGUCCAUCAUAUUCAUGAUGGUUUUUGACUAUUUGUUAAGCUUGUAAAAAUAGUUUGAAAAAGGUGACAUUUUCAAAAUCAAUAAGAUGCUCCAUGUAAGCCUCCUCUUUUAUGAUUUCAUUUAGGAUUACACUUUCUUUGGUCAUUUUAAAAGUUUAAAAUCCGUGUAAUAAGCCUACGCUAUAAGAUCCUAAUCGUUUUCUCGUUAUUUAUUCAUUCAACUUGAUUAGAUCACUUAGAACUAAGUCGUUUUUUGUGAGUAUCUCACCAAUUUUAUCCAGCUCAUUGCUAAAACAUGUUUGGUCAUAAUAGCUGGAUGGUUAUUUAGCAUUUCAACAAAGUUCCCAUGCAAUAAUGUGCUCAAAUUGAUCUAACUCCUUUUGCAUUGGCAUAAAUCAUUCGUCAUUACGAAAGGCUUUUUCUAUGUUUUUGGGGACUAACUAACAUAUGCAUAACAUUACAUGGAUUAAUGUUACAUAUAGCUUUUAAACCCUUGUUGAUAUCAUCACAUCACUGAUGAUACUUUGAGUAUGCAGACUUCUUAAGUGCUUGUAGGCCCUGGUUUCCAAGAGAUGGCUAUGAGUCAACAAGUUACGUUUUUCAAAUAGAGGGAUACCUUCUUUUUUGCAUGUCUUGUCACCUAGUCAUGUGCCUUGAACAUCCAUUCUCUGCAAUCCAAGUGGUGGUGUUGAUACUCAAGUUAGUUUAGAUAUUCGUGAUCAUACAUCUAGGGCUCUGCCAUGUAGAGACUCUAGUUCCUUUGCCAAGCAGUUGCUUCACUUUGCAAUCAGUCACUACAUUACCGUACAUAAUUUUAGUGGUGCUUUUGAAGGUUUCUUAUUGGAAGAGUUUCUUUUUGCAAGGUUAUUUGCUUUACUAGUAAAAUAUUUAUUGGUGACAUCAAUGAAUUUUAGGGUCAUCUUCAAAAUAAAUGCCCUUUUCCCAUAGUAUGAGGAAUAUGAGAAUCUCAUGCAUCCAUCAUUUGAAUAGGCACGGUAUGAAAAUAAUUGUUCAUAGAAUGGUUCAGCUUGUCACUGAAUUUGUAUGACUAUCAUAUUUGAUAAUUUCAUUUUUUUUUCAAGAGUUC